AUGGCUUCAUCCGAUUCUUGGUUACCAUUGAAAAGCUUACAAAAUAUGUUAAUGAACCGUUCAUCAUUUAAGGUCAAUGAAGAACAUUUACUUAAUUUAGCAAUAAAAGCACGAUCAGAAAACCGUGAAUGUGGUUAUUUGUCAAGACGAGGCGGACAAGAACCAUCGUCAUCACCGAAUAAAUGGCAAUCAAAAUGGUUUGUUUUAUAUCAAAAUUUACUUUUUUAUUAUGAAAAUGUUAAUUCAACUAAGCCACAAGGAGUUUAUUUUCUUGAAAGUUGUUAUUCAACACGUUCACCAACUAAAAAUACCAAAGAUGGAGAAAAAUUAAAUUGCUUUACAAUAUCUUAUACACGUGAUGGUCGUAAUGCAAUUGAAUUUGCAGCUGAAUCUGAAACUGAUUGUCAAGUAUGGAUUGAUUGUAUUCAAUCAUGCAGCUAUAACCGUUUAUUAUCAGUUAAAGAAGAACUUGAACAAAAAUAUCUUCAUUUAUCACAAGUUUAUGAAAGUGAAGCUAAAGCUAAAUAUCAAUAUUUACAACAAGUUGAAGAACUUUCAACUGAAGUUCGACAAUUACGCAGUGAAUUAUCUCGUUAUCGACGUCAACAUCAUUUAUUAAGAACAAAAAGUAUUGCAGAAGAAGAUUCAGAAGAAAUACGAAAAAUAAAAAAAGUUCAAAGUCUUUGUCGAGGCUGGUUAUAUAGACAACGAUGGAAACGUAUUGUUGAAGAAUAUAUACGCUCGCCACAUGCUGAAUUGAUUCGUAGACGUAAUAAUAUAGUAUUUAAUUUGGUUGAAAGUGAACGUGAAUAUGUUCAUCAACUAGAAAUUCUUGUUGCUAAUUAUGUACGACCGUUUCGAAUGGCUGCAAGCUCAAAAAAACCACCAAUUACACAUGAAGAUGUUAAUUCUAUUUUUCUUAAUACUGAAAUUAUUCUAUUUCUUCAUCAAAUAUUUUAUAAAGGAUUAUCAAAAAAAUUAGAAAAUUGGCCAACUUUUUAUACCGGUGAUCUAUUCGAUAUGUUAAUUUCUAUGUUACAUAUUUAUUUAGAAUACGUUCGAAAUCAUCAUUAUAGUUUACAAUGUUUAGUUGAAUGUAAAUUAGGUAAUCCUGGUUUUAAUAAAUUUCUUGAACGAUGUGAAAUGAAAGCAGCAUGUGAAGGAUUAACAUUGGAUACACUUCUGGUUUCACCGAUGAAUCGGAUUCCUUACUAUAUAGUAACACUUGCAAAUAUUCUAUCAUAUACAUCACAUGCACAUGUUGAAAGAGAAAAAUUAGAACAAACUAAAGCGAAACUUGAAGAACUUUCGAAAAUUAUGCAUGAUGAAGUAUCAGAAACAGAACAUAUUCGAGCAAAUUUAGCUAUUGAACGAUCAAUAGCAGAAGGAUGUGAUGUUUUAUUGGAUGUCAAUCAAGUGCUUUGUCGACAAGAUAGUCUCAUAUUAUGGACCGGUGAUCGAAAUCGAUUAAGUCUUGGACAAAGGUUUUCACCACGAGAUACUCGUCGCAAUGAAAUUGUUGUACAAUGUUAUCUUUUUUCUAAUCAUCUCGUUAUAACAACUCGAGCAUCAAGUGGAAAAUUACAUCUUGUGAAAGGUUGCGGUGUAAUUCCGUUAGCUGAUGUGACACUUGUUGAAGAUGUAACAACUGAUCCUCAAUAUUUACUUGCAUCAGUCACAGAAGAAGAAAGUGCUGAUAAUUCAAAUUCAAAUAUUACAGAUGAUUCAACUACUGAAUUAGAUCUUCAUGUUAAUCGUUUAUUUCGUUUAAUUGUUGAAUCACGUGAACAGACAACCUAUUCAGCUACGUUUGUUACUAAUGAUGAAAAACAUAAAUCUGAAUGGUGUACAGAUAUAGCACAAUGUUUACAAAACCUUCGUUAUACUCAAUUAGUUACCGGAACAUUUCGUAAUGCAUCAUCAGUAAUUGCACCUGAAUCUGUCAAAUCUGAUGUAAAAUUAUAUAAAGAUGAUGCAGAAAUUAAAUAUUCUAAAACACUUGAUUCCUGUAAAAUUCCUCAAAUUCGACAUGCAACUGUUGAACGUUUACUUGAACGUUUAACAGAUUUACGCUUUUUAUCCAUUGAUUUCUUGAAUACAUUCCUUUUAACUUAUCGUUUGUAUACCGAUGCCUAUACAGUUAUGGAUACAUUAAUUCGAGUUUAUAAAUCUUCACCGCACACAUCACUUGAUCAUACUAUUGAAAUGGAUGGAACGAAUUCGCAUACAAUUCACAAAAUAGAUGAACGACACAAAGAGAAGAAAUCCAGUCGAAUCAAUGAACUUGAUAAUGAAUUAACUAGACGUGUAUCAGAAGGUGCUAAAUUUCUAACGAAUAAUCCUACUACGGAACAAGAACGAGAUUUAAGAAGACACUCACAUAUAGGCACAUUUCAACGAGGAUUAAGUAUUGAUCAAAAUGAAGCGGUAACAAUAGAAAAAAAUUCCGAAAAAAAAUCAUCAACCAAAAUUAUUGAAAGAAAAUCUACUUUACCAGCCAGCUCAUCUUUGAAUAUUUCAGAAUCAAUUGAUAAAUUACAGUGUAGUUUAGCUCCGCUUGCAUCGUCAGAGACAUUUUCUGAUGUUGUAUCUGUGUCACGUGAUGAAGAACAAAAGAAACAUUCAUCAUUCAAGAAUGACAUAUCGAUUCAUACCGAUACAAGUUCAAAUCAAAUAACAAAAAAUAAUGAUUUUAAUUCAUUAGAAAUACUUUUUGAUUUUCCAUCAGUUAAUUUGCCUAAUGAUUCUCAAACUAAUGUUCUACUAACAAUGAAAAACAAUGGUCCAAUACGACAUCUAGGAAGCAAUCAAAUCAAUAAUAGAGCUCAAGAAGGAAGAAAAUCUCUUCGCUUUGAUACAAAUGAUAGUCCACUAGCACAAAAACAACGAUUGCGAUUAGAUUCACAACCUGUUACUACAUCACAAAAUAUUCUGUUGCUUUCUAAACGUCUCAGUGACGUUCUUUCAUCACCACGUCAAAGUAUACGUAAUGCAGCUGAAACUUCAUUGAAACAAGUCUUGCCCGGUGUUGUUGUUACAUCAUCACGAACAUCUCGCCGCCGAAUAAGUUCAGCUGCAGCAACACAAGCAUUUGCUGUUGCUACGUCUGGUGAAUCACCAAAAACUAUGAGAAACGAACGAUUAGCAAGUAAUCAGGGUGGUUGUUCUAUGUCAAUUCAGCCAGCAACAACAAGUAGUAGUGUUAUGCCAUUAACUCCGAGAGAACAAAGAGCUAAUGAUUAUAUUAUAGUUAAUACAGCUUCAACAAUGCGUGUUCUCAAUGUUCUUCGACAUUGGCUUACAAAACAUCCAUUAGUAAAUUUAUGA